AAUUUUCAACAAGCAAAGGAGAGACGUUUCAUGAUGGGGAAUAAGGGAAAUAUCGGAUUUGUGAUCUUCUUCUGGGCUCUGGUGGUUGCAGUAGUAGCCACGGCCAUCGAGCAUCGUCCCAAUGAGAGGACUAAAGGCAUCAAUGGUCUUGACAAGAUCAUCAUCCGCGACCGUCGUAACCGAUCUGCUGAGGUUUACUUGUAUGGAGGUCAAGUGAGUUCUUGGAAGAAUGAGAAGGGAGAGGAGUUACUUGUUAUGAGUAGCAAGGCUAUAUUCCAGCCUCCAACACCGAUUCGUGGAGGAAUUCCAGUAUUGUUUCCACAAUAUAGUAACACCGGUCCACUUCCCUCACAUGGAUUUGUAAGGCAGAGGUUCUGGGAAGUUGAGGCUAAACCACCUCCUUUGCCAUCAAUUUCUUCUGCUCAUGUUGACCUGAUCCUAAGAUCAUCCAAUGAUGAUUUGAAGAUCUGGCCUCAUAAGUUUGAGUACCGACUGAGAGUAGCAUUGGGACAUGAUGGAGAUUUGACGUUGACAUCUCGUGUUAAGAAUUCUGAUACAAAACCAUUUAACUUCACAUUUGCUCUUCACCCCUAUUUCGCUGUUUCCAAUAUCAGUGAAAUCCAUGUCGAAGGAUUGCACAACUUGGAUUAUCUUGACCAACAAAAGAACAGAACACGUUUCACUGAUCAUGACAAAGUUAUAACUUUCAAUGCUCAACUUGACAGGUUGUACCUAAGCACUCCAAAUAAACUAAGAAUCGUAGACCACAAGAAAAAGAAGACUAUUGUGGUACACAAGGAGGGACAAGUUGAUGCCGUGGUGUGGAAUCCAUGGGACAAGAAAGUGUCAGAUUUGGGAGUUGAAGACUAUAAGCGUUUUGUAACGGUGGAAAGCGCGGCUGUCGAGAAACCGAUCACAGUGAACCCCGGCAAAGAAUGGAAAGGAAUACUCCAAAAUGCAAUUUCAGAUAGUUUAGGAGUCUCUUCCAAAUGCAGUACAUUCCUCAGAGGUCAAUUUCAAAGAAUACAUGUUUCUUUAGUUCACCAAACUCGACCUUUGAGAAAACGAUCAGUAAUUGGUCACGUGAGCUGCGUCAUGCCGUUAACGGAAGAGAAUGUGGAGAGAGUGUUAGACGAAGUACGACCAUCUUUAAUGGCUGACGGAGGAAACGUGGCGUUGCACGAAAUCGACGGACUUGUGGUGGUUCUAAAGCUGCAAGGAGCUUGUGGUUCGUGUCCUAGCUCAUCCAUGACGUUGAAGAUGGGAAUCGAGAGUCGUCUUCGAGACAAGAUUCCAGAGAUCAUGUCCGUUGAGCAGUUUCUUGAAUCCGGGACAGGGGGUUUAGAGCUGAACGAUGAGAACAUUGAAAAGGUUCUCUCUGAGCUAAGGCCGUUCCUAUCCGGUACGGGCGGUGGGGGGCUUGAGCUGGUUGAGAUCGAUGGUUACAUAGUCAAGGUUCGGCUCACUGGACCAGCUGCUGGAGUCAUGACUGUUCGUGUCGCGUUGACUCAAAAACUGAGGGAAAACAUUCCUUCUAUUGGUGCAGUCCAGCUUCUAGAGUGACAUCAAUCUUUUUUAUUUUGUAACUUCUUCUAUUCAUCUAAAAGGCCUAUUUUUGAUUCAAUAUAUUUUAUUUCCAAAUUAUAGAAUCAGUACAAUUAAUACAAUGACCUAUUUCUG